GUCUCUGCAAAUACUGUAGCCUAUCCCGGAGUACGAUGAUACAUGUACAACACAUAUUCCUGCACACUAGCGGGUCGGUUUACACAUUAAUGUUGUCUGUGCAUGACAUUCUUGUUCGAAAGGUUGUGAAACGAUGAUGUACAAGUUUUGAAGAUGGAGAAAUGGAGAUCACAAGUACAACAGCUUUCAUGGAGUCAGUAUAUAUAUUGCAUGAUCUUACUCUUCUUGUACGAUCCAGACGAAGGAGUCUUAAAGGGAUUAUACGACCGAUGGUAUGGCAGACUGUGCGAUAGGAUUUAUCAGUACGUCAUUGAGCAUGCGCAGAGAGGAGAUCCCGAGAGUAUCAUUAAAACGAUGGAUCGUUUCUGUCGUGAAGAGCAGUGGACGUUCUGCCUCGGUGACGAUAAAGCCCCCAUAGUGAGAAAGAUCGUGCAGGAAACGAAACCCAUGACGUGUCUCGAACUCGGUACUUUCGUCGGUUACUCGGCUAUCAACGCUGCUCGGGAACUUCUGGAAGGAUCUCGGUACCUGUGCGUGGAGGCCGAUGAAGAUAGGGCUUUUAUUGCCAGAAAGAUGGUCGAAUUUGCAGGAUUGCAAGAUGUGGUCCAAGUCAUAAAAGGCUUUUCCAACAAAGUGAUUCCAAAUCUAAAAGACGAAUUCAACAUCGACUCUUUCGAUUACGUGUUCAUCGAUCACGUCAAAUCUUUGUACAAAGCCGAUCUCAUCCUCCUGGAAGACCAUCGACUUGUGAGAAACGGAACCGUAGUCGUUGCGGACAAUAUGGUCAUACCAGGGUCGCCGAACUAUCUCGAGUACGUCCGAAAUUCACCGAAGUACGAAUCGGAAUACUUCGAGAGUUCUUUCGAGUUUACCAGUCUACCGGAUGGUAUUGAGAAAUCCAUAUUUGUGGGUUGAGAAUUACCUUAUCAAGCAAACUUUCAUGCCUUAUUGGUCUCACCAUUAUGAUUGAAAUGCGUUAGACUUUUCAUGUCUUAUCUUUUUUUUUUUUGUUCUUUAGCCUGUCAAAUUAUAGAAAAAUAAGAAACCUUGAUGGUAUUUUGACGAGAAAUAAUUAAUAUGGAAGUUUUCAGUCCUCUUAGAAAAAUAUCAGUCCUUGUGACUUGACCCAUGAGGAGUGGAAGUAGAUUGAAAAUUUGCUCUUUACAUCUUUGGGGACAAUUGAAUGUUUAAUCUGCAUGGUCUUCACUACAGAAAUAAUAGAUUGAUGACGUGAUCAACGAGAGUUUAACACAGCGUGAAAUAAAAGUUAGUGAAACCUUCUGUUUUUUUAAGAAGUCUGCCCCACCCUACCAUUUAUCCUGCACUGGGUGAUUGCAUGCACUGGCGUAACUACGGGGCACGCCCCCCCCCCCCCCCCCCAUCGUGAGAUACAUAUUCUUUGAAUGGCACAGUCCUUAAAAUGUCUUUUAGGUCAGUAUGCCUGGCUAAAGUGACUCAAUUUUUUUGCUGGUGACCCACGGUACACCUCUGAUUGCAUGGGCAAAAUAAUGCCAAAAAUUGUUGCAUUAACUUUACUAAGCCAAUAGUACUCACGAAACACGCAUGUUAUCCCAAAUAUUGGACAAGUUUUACCUUAGAAGUAGAAAGACUUCCGUGAUUUUCCUAACUUGUUGCUAUCAAGGCUUUAAACCGCCUAUGUGCCUCAAUGAAGAGUUUUUAGAGGAAUCCAAAUAGGCCAUUUAAGCCAACUUAGUGAUUCAAUAAUGUAAAUUAAUUGUCAAGGAAAAAAAUCAGCAUGAAUCGGUCUAUGUUUUAAUAUAUUUCUAAAGAAAUUGUUGACAUUAUUCAUUUCACUAUGUCGUAUGUUGAAUAGUCAGUAAGUACUAAGGGUGAUUUUACCUCCGUGAUGGUAAAGCAAUGAUAAUCCCUUGAUGUGUUCUUGGCUCCGAAACACAAGGUUAGCGAUUGAUCGCUAAAUGAAAUGGCCUAUCAUGAUCAUUAUUGCAUGCACAUUUUGCUCCGUAGACUGACUAGGAACCAAUCAGAAUUGUUCUUACAAAUUAGCGAUUAUCUUUGUGUUACGGAGCCCUUAUAAAAUUUACACUAUAUUCUUUCUGACAUAUAAGAUUACUCAUAUCCUACUUGAUGUAUCAAAUUUCUGUGCCAUUUUUUUCAUUAACUUUUCAAUGUGUUAUCACAUUUCAUUUAUUGAAAGCUUUUUAAGGAUACAUGUAAUUAUUUCAUAUCUGCAUCAAGGCCAAAGGCCGAAGCUUUUGAUUUUCUCUCUAUAUAUAUUUUUAUAUACAAUAUAUAAGUCGAUUAUUAUGUACAUGAUAUUACAUUUCAAACCAAUAGUAUUAUGAAUUCCAAGCUUGUCAUUAGUUCAAAGUAUUAUAUUCAGUAUUUGGUAUUAUUCAAGCUGACAAAUAAAAUCCAUGUGUUUCAUACAA